UAUAAUGAACUAUAUUAUGUAUAGUAUAUUAUACGUACAAUUAACUGAAACAUAAAGAUAAUAAUAUAAUAUACAAUUAAUGAGAGUUCUUGUUAUUUAUAAUUCCUAUUAUCAGAUUAAAAUUCAUCAGAUCACUGCACUAUUGCAAAGAAUUAAAUAGGUACUUAUAUAUAUAUAUUAAUAUGGCUGAAAAAGGAAAAAUUGGAAUCAUUGGAAGUGGUUUAAUAGGCCAGAGUUGGGCUAUGUUAUUUGCAAGUGCUCGUUACAAUGUAACCAUCUAUGACAUUAACUUAGAGUUAGUGAAUACGGCCUGCGAAAAAAUUAAAACAGAAUUGAAAAUGAUGGAAAAAAAUGGAAUUCUAAGGGGCAAUAUUACUGCUGAACAGCAAAUUGACCUUAUUAAAGGUGUAACUAACUUGGAAGAAGUUGUAGAAGGUACAAUUCUUAUUCAAGAAUGUAUACCAGAAGUAUUAUCUUUAAAGCAACAGUUGUAUGACCAAAUUGAUAAAAUUGUUGGCUCUCAAACUAUAAUUUCCAGCUCAACGUCUACAUUCUUACCAUCGGCUCUUUCUGAAAAAAUGGAACAUCGUAAUCAAUUAAUUGUUUCACACCCAGUUAACCCACCAUAUUUUGUGCCACUAGUAGAAAUUGUACCAUCUGAAUGGACUGAAGAUUGGGUAAUUAAAAAAACAAGGGCAAUUAUGGAAGAAAUCAAACAAUCCCCUGUAACUCUUGCUAAAGAAGUACCAGGAUUUGCUUUGAACCGCAUUCAGUAUGCUAUAUUGAAUGAAUGUUGGCAUCUUGUAAAUGAUGGAGUACUUAAUGUGAAAGAUGUUGAUACAGUCAUGUCUGAAGGUCUAGGUAUGCGUUAUGCGUUUCUCGGUCCAUUAGAAACUGCUCAUUUAAAUGCUGAAGGUUUUGUGAACUAUACAGAGCGUUAUUCAAACUCUAUGUAUGGUGUAUGCCAACAAUUCAAGCCAUCUCCUAAGUUUGAAGGACCAUUGGUAAAAGAAAUCGGAGAUCAAUUAAAUAGCAAUACUCCUUUGGAAGACCUUCCAAAACGUAGAUUAUGGAGAGAUCAAUCUUUGAUCAAAUUGUCACAACUUAAAAAAUAUAAUAAUUAUUAAAAUAUAUUAUAUUAUUGGUUAGAUGGUUUAAUAAAAUUAUGGUAUAGGUAUUACACAAUCGACAGUAGCACAAUAUUAUGUAUGUUAACAAAAACCAUUACCAUUAAUAAUUGUGAAAUUAAUGGAAAUAAAUAUUUACAUUUAUAAAUUACUGACAAGAUAUAUUUUCGUAAUAAAAAAAUAGUUAAAUUAAUUUGUUAAUUUAAUACUGUAUAGUGUUUGACUAAGUUAUAUUAUAAUUUAAAUUACUUGUUACGGUUACCUUUUGUCAUAGGCGGAGCCACGGGGCGUGCAGGGUAUGCAGCUGCACGCCCUCAUCGCCCUGAAGGCUGCUUUAAUUCAAGUUUAAAAUUAAUUUAUAAAAGUAAAAUCUAUGAACGGUUAAUUUGGCUGAAGUCUAAUGAUCAUUAUAAAUACUAAUCAUUAUAUUUGUUCUUAACAAUGUAUUUUCCAUGUAUUCAUUUUCCAAGCAAAGACAGUUCCCAACCGUAUUUUUUCUAUAUAUAUAAUAUAAUUCAAAAUAAUAAAUAUCAUUUCUAUUUC